AUGUCUUCCUGGCUUCCGAUCCCGAAGACUUCACCUUUCUCCCUGCAAAACAUCCCCUUUGGGAUUAUUUCAACUCGCCUCAAUGAAGCAAAAGUACCCGCAGUUGCAAUCGGUGAUCACGUCUUGGACUUGAACGCGUUUUCUCUCACGGGUGGCUUCGAUGAGUUACCGAUGAUCCAUCCUCAUAUCCACGUCUUUCGCCAAUCGACUUUGAACGACUUCGCAGCCCUUGGCCGACCGUACCACAGAGCCGUUCGCGCUUAUCUGCAAUCAGUGUUCAAGACCGAUACACCUUUUCCUGCUCUCCUCAAGGAUAACCAGGCCGCCCAGGAUAGUGCGCUGCAUCUGCUGUCCGAUGUCACCAGCCACAUGCCGCUGCGCAUUGGAGACUAUAGUGACUUCUAUGGCUGCGUCAAUCAUGCAGUCAAUGUGGGAACCCUGAUGCGAGGCCCAGACAACGCACUGCAGCCCAACUAUAAGCAUCUCCCCGUUGCGUACCAUGGCCGAGCAUCAUCCAUUGUGGUAUCCGGCACGCCCAUCCGUCGCCCGAACGGGCAGAUCCUGCCCGCUCCGAAUUCAAACCCUCAGCUCAUGCCCUGCAAGAGAUUGGAUAUUGAGCUAGAGAUGGCCGCAUUCAUAUCUACUCCGAAUGAGAUGGGCGAGCCCAUCCCAAUUAGUCGGACCGAGGAUCAUAUUUUUGGGUUGGUAUUAAUGAAUGACUGGUCAGCUCGCGAUAUUCAGGCCUGGGAAUACAUUCCCCUUGGCCCGUUCAAUGCUAAGAACUUCGCGACGACAAUAUCUCCCUGGGUUGUUCUUAUUGACGCUCUGGAGCCGUUCCGUACGCGCCUGGCAGACCUUACUGAAGGCGGCCCAUCCCUCUCCUACCUGCGCGGGCAGGGGAAGAGCGGGUUUGAUAUCGACCUCGAGGUGGAACUUACCACGCAGAGUGGAGCUCCAACGAUUUUGUCCAAGACCAAUUCGAAGAACCUCUCUUACUCGUUCAACCAGAUGGUUGCGCACCAUACGAUUGGAGGAUGCAACAUGAACCCGGGCGAUCUCCUUGGUAGUGGCACGAUUUCUGGCACAAUGUCGGGAUCCGAGGGCAGUCUUCUAGAGAAAACGAAGGGCAAGGGCAAGACCCCGAUCUCGCUUUCUGAUGGAGGUAAGAGGUUCUUUGUCGAGGACGGGGACACGAUUACCAUCCGUGGACUUGCUGGAACGGAGGGCAACUAUGUUGGUUUUGGGGAGUGCGUGGGAACGAUUCUCCCUGCUUUCUCAGUGGAGAAUUGA